AUGCCACUUAAUAUUCUUUUACAGAAAAAAUAUAUUCAUUUGAAAGUGAUUCGCUAUUUCUGCCUUCUACAUUUUCCGCCCUGUACUCUGGACAUUAUUAAAAGGUUUGUGGGCCGAAGCAAUGGACCACUGUUAGCACGUCGGAUUAACUGGCCAGAAAAAUCUCGCAGUCAUCGGAAGGCAGGUCAAGAACUAUCGGAGGCCUCGGUCGUCUCCACUUCUUGUCAGUUGACCAACGAGACGAUGCUUGGCCAGCUGCAGCAGGCUACCUCCAAGCUCUGUAUAAUUAAUGCACACCAUAAAAAUUGCUCCAACUCCUACACUUAUUCACAGUCUCAGCCAGUACAGCAAAUUGAAUCGCAAGUGCAUUCACACUCUUCACAUUUUCUCAACUACUCUCAUCAUCAACAACAAAAUCAGAAACAGCGGCAGCGCAACCUGUCCAAAGGAGACUCAUGGGCCUGCUUGUUAGAGCCUGAAGGUCAUAAUCCUGGGACUUCACACUGCAUUGCUUCACCGACCCUCCCAUUUGUCCAUGAAUCUCAUCACUUAUUGCAUUCUCAGCAGACUUCACAUGACACAAAAAUGAAGCAGUCAGUUGGCCCUAGCUUAAGAAAUGACCAGGCUUCGCUAGCUAGUUGUAGAGACUUAAAUUUGCCAUCUGAUCUUAACCUAGAAGCAGUUCAGUCCAAUUCUUGCACAUCAGUAACAAGCUUUAAUGAGAAUUCGAACAAUGCUGCUUCUCCUUCUUCAAAUGGUUGCCUCUCUUAUCGACAGCCAUCGCCACAUGCCCUACAAUCACCAAUGACGGCAUCCCAAGAUUCAAAGAUUGAAUCGGUGGAAGCUACGUUCUCCAUUGCAGAAUCAGUGGAUCCAGAUGAAUUCAAGAAUUCUGGGAAUACGGUCGUCUUCUUGGAUCCAGACUCACGCCAAUUGGUGAUUCGUGGCGCAAUCAAUGCCGAUCACAAGUAUGUUGUUCUACAGAAAAUCCCUCUUUCAUUAGAAAGCCAUGCUAAAAAUCGCUUUCUCUGA